AUGGCAACGAAAAGGCGGCAGUGGGCAGCGUCCGCAGAGGCCCAGUCCAAGAAAGCUCGGGAUGCGAUGACGCACGAGUUACGGGCGAUGCGGUCGAAUCACUCCCGUGAGAUCGACAAGCUGGAGUGCAGUCUGUUGGAUGCUAAAGCACGAAUGGAGAAAGCUAUGAAAGAAACAGAAGAAGCCCGGGAGGCUGCACAUGCCAAGAAGGGUGCGCUGGAGUCUACAUUCGCUGAGUUGGAGCGACAAGUCGUCAAGGAAAAAGAAAAACUCCAAGAAGCUCGCGAAGCAGCUAAGAAAAAUCAGGCUUUGGAAGUUACUCAGCCUGGUGAAGACCUCAGGCGAGAGCUAGCACGGGUUCUUUUAGAGCUGGAAGACGAGCGAAAGCACGUUGCUGAGCUCCAAGGACAAGUAAAGGAGGCAAACAGCGCUAUCAGGGACGACUUCAACUGCGCCCAACAGAAUUGCGAGGGUGUCGGCACGAAAUUGGUUCUCUUAGAACAAAAACUGGCGCUUACUAUUCGUGAGAAUGAAGGUCUCAGGAAGGAAGCAGCACGAGCGACAUCAUUGGAAGUUGGCGGUCGAUAUGGGGAAGUUUCUGCUAACGAGAGUGGGGCAACGAAGCCGGAGCAAUUAGAGAUUGCUACUCUAAAGCGAGCUCUACACGAGGCCGAAAUGAGUUUGUCGGAGCUUCAACGGGAUCAAGACCAGUCGAUAAAGGAUGCCAAGGAUGCUGCGGCUGCUCUGGCGAAUGUCCACGAAAAAGCAGCUGCCGUUGAGCGAGACAACCAACGGUUGGUGGCGGAGGUUGCGAAGUGUCGUGUGCAAGUGCAAGGUGCAACUAGUGGCGAGGCUCAGAACCUUGGGGAUGAGAACACAAUGCGGACGCGGAAGCAUGUGGAAGCUCGACAGGGACAGGACACAGGGACGCAAACCUCACUUCCACUUGAACAUGAUGGGAAUACACCCACCAAACAACUGGACACCGAGGGUUUGCGAGCGGAUCUCGAGGCCGCAAGACAUGAGGCGGCGUGCUUCGCCAGCGACGUGCACAAAUCUAAGGAGCUGGAAACUUUAGUUCGUAACGAACUUCACGCGGCGCAGUUGGCUUUCCGAGAGAGCCAACUGAAAGUUGCGGAAUUGAACGGCAAUCUUGCGACCGCCGAUCACGAGAAGAAGCUCAGCGCUGUCACAGCCGAAGAGCUGGGACUGGAAAACGCUCGUCUCAAACGCAACAUGGAAGUUGUGCGUUCUGCCUCCGAAGGAGGCGCUUCGCGUCAGGUUGCGGAUACUCUUGUGGACGAACUGAAGGAAGUGAGGGUCCAGCUGGCGACUAUGACAUCAGAGCGGGAUGGUCUCAACGAUGAGGUCGGGGAAAUCAAGCAGCAGCUAGUACGUUGUGAAGAUGUGCGAAAGGCGGAGCGGGAAAUGUUCGACUCGAGCCUCGCCAAUCACCAGCGUCAGUCCGAGUCUCAGCAAGCGACGGUGAAGAGGCUAGAAGUGGAUAUGCUGGCAGGACAGCAGAGGGAAGAAGCUUUGCAUACCGCCGCAAAGCUAUUGCGGGAGAAUGUCGCUGCCUCGAAGUUGGAGGUGUGGAGACUUCAGGAGAACCUUAGAGAGACCACAGGAGAGGCAGAGCGUGUGGCCUCUGAUCUCCUUUGCACGGAACCGGAAACUGCUCAGACGUCCUGCCAGAAAGGCGAGAGCGAAGCGGAGUUGGCGUCUGCCGCCGACUUGGCGACAGCCACAGCAGAAGCACGAGAGAUGGCGUCACGUCUGCAACUUGCUGAGGACCAGGUGGAUCGUCUUCAGGCGAGUGUACAGGAAACGAUGACAAAAUUGGUGGACUCUCAAGGCAUCGCCGCCUCGUUGCAGGAAGAACUCGACGAGGCACGUGGAUCCGAGAAGGACACCGCGCAACAUCUGGAUGAGGCACUUUCCAGAUUUGCCAAAGCAGAAGAGAACCUAGCAAAAGCUUGUGACGAUCGGGUGUCUCUUGAACACGCUUUGAGAGAUGCUAAGCGUACAACAGUGACGGACAAGCAGUGUUCUGACCUGGAGCAAUCCCUUCGGCGGUCGCAAGGGGACUUGGAAAAGGCAAAGGAAGAUCUCGUUUCAAGCAAACAGCAGGCUGCUGAUCUGCAACAGAGGUUAACGGAUUUGACUGCUGAAGCCAGUAGGGCGAUGAAGGAGGCUCGACACAACCGUGAGAUGGCGUCCGCACGCCAAAAAGAAUUCGUUAGUGUUUCCGAGCGGGAACAGGGACUUCAAAGAGAGUUGCUUGAAGCGCGUACCAGCCUGCACACACGCGAGAGGGAUUGCGAACGCCUAACUGUUGCUGCUGAACAAGCGAAGCGUGACCUCGCGAAUGCCGACAUCGUCUGGCGUGAAGAGACCGGUGGCCUACAGAUUGCUCUCGAGGAGGCACUGGCAACUGCUGGCAAAAAGGAUGAGAACAACGCGCGUUCAGCAACGCACAAGGAAACAUCGCAACGAUCUCCAGUUGUGAGUGAAGCACAAGGACUUUCUCCGCCCCGGCCUGGAUUUGCCGUCGACGGCGAUCCGACCCUGGCAGAUGAAGGUCCCCAACGGUCAGCUAGUGGUGCAUCCGAUGCAACGAGCAAAGGCUUGGCGGACGAGCUGAUGCAGAUCUUGGAGAACGAUGCAAAUCAACGGUGUAGUAAUGGGCCACCAGCCUUGAGCGAGAAGGCUUCAAGAUCAUGGAAAAAGAAACUGAUGGAAGAGAGGCACAUGUUGGCACAAGCGAAACAAGCUGUGAGACAUCACAAGGAAAGAGUGAAAAGGCGCCAACAGCGUAUUUUGCUCUUCCAAACUCGGUGGCGACAACAAUCUGAGUCACUCUCACCGACCAAGGCAAGGCCUCGCCAUUCUGCUCGACGCCGCUCAUUGGAGGAUUCCAAGCGCGAACUCGACAGCGAGGUGCACAAACUGAAUCAAUUUGUUCAGCAGUUGCGCUCCAGCAAGUGCUGGCUCGACCAACGCGAAAAGAAGGUCUCCGAGUUCGAGACACUCCUGGCAGCUGACUCCUCUGGCUUGGCGUCCAGCCAGGAGCAACAUCCAUCGAGAGUCGCCACCUCUGGCGAGCAGACAUCAUCUCCUGAAAGUAGCAACAGCGGCGGCAGCACCCGCAGCAACGCAUCACAGUUUCGUUCUCUUGAGGCCAUGCAGCAGGACCUCGACAAUGAAUGUUCAGACUUCACUGCGGGUAGUUCCAUUGGAGACAUCAACCGACCGCGUGCCAUGCGUGGAGACAGAAAGCCAACUCGAACUCAAUGGCAUGCACCAAAACAAGGCAAAGAGAACACUUUGCCAGGGUCUCGGUCGGCAUUCCCAAUUGGGUACCCGUUCUCCGCAUUCCCAGCUUCCUCAGGAUUUUGGAUUCACCCAUCGCACGCGUUCCUCGGAGAGUUUUCGCCACCUCCAGCCGGCAUUCCUUCCCGAUCCCGGGCGUCACGUCCAAAGCACAACGCCCGUCAUCGAGGUCUUGGUCUUGGUAGCGGUUUCCAGAUCAAUAACUGCAAUCAAGACUCAGAACUAGAUUUUCAGCGAUGGUUGAAUCGUCCGGACCUCGACACUCGAGACGAAGUACUCAGCGGCAUUGCUGCUCGAGAGAGGAGGGAGCAUUUCGCCAAGGUGUCUGUGGAGGGCAAGCAAGCUCAAAGUACCGUGGCUCUUCAUGUGGACUGGUUGAACAGCCUAAGGGAAGAAAUGGGACUUCUUGGCUUCCACUCUGCCAAAAAUCCAAGUAUUUCAGCUCAUGUGGAAGUUUAGCGCCCCCAAGAUGUUUGAAGUGACUCCUGGGGUGUGCAUUUGUAGAAGGGGUGCGUUCAAGGUUUGGUCGAGUUGCGGGUAGACUUUAGCAGUUCACGCAAAGGUCUUAAUACAACAUCCAUGAAGACAACAAGUGUUGAGCGGCCAUGUCUCCUCUGCUGUCUUGUGUAUUAAAAGGGGGUUCGUGCUCGGCACUCCCGCUCUGUCUGU